UGUAGCAUGAAACACAAACUAUAACAAGAAAGGGCACCCCUAUAAAACCUGAAAUAUACUGUUCAAGAAUCAAUAUUUUAACUAUACUAUAAUUAUGUUCUACUGAGGGUGCUUAUUUCUUGUUUCUUUCUCAAAGAUUGAAUUUGUUUUCUUGUACAUGAACAGAUUGUUCAAGGCAUAAGUUUGUGUCUUGUUCAUAUCAGCAAAGGAUGGGAGACCACUUUGUUUUUCUGGUUGAUCGUUUGCUUACUGAAUCAACUUUGGAGGCUGCAAUCGAGAGCAGGAAUCAGAAUCAGUUAGCAUCGUGGACAGCCAAUAAUCCGAUAGCUGAUUACUCCUCCCAAAGUUCUGAUGCAAUUUUAACUCCAAGGAAAAUGGUAGAAUGCAGGAUAUGCCAAGAUGAGGAUUGGGAUUCAAAUAUGGAGACUCCAUGCUCUUGUUGUGGUAGCUUAAAGUAUGCACAUCGUAGAUGCGUGCAAAGGUGGUGUAAUGAGAAGGGUGAUACCAUUUGUGAGAUCUGCCACCAGCCUUUCAGGCCUGGUUACACAGCACCGCCCUCUAUUUUUCGCCUUGGUGGCAUUCCGAUGAACUUAAGGGGGAAUUGGCGAAUUGUCAGAAGGAACUUGAAUAAUCAACGUGUGAUAGCAGUGGUUUCAACCGAUCGCACUCUCAUUAACUCUGAUGAAGUUGAAAUUUCUACAUCAAGAAGCAUGAUCUGCUGUCGUGCAUUUGCCAUAAUAUUUAUGCUGCUUCUAGUUAUACGUCACGCUCUUCCCGCUAUAAUCAAUCAAGCAGGGGACUACUCACUUCCAUUGGUUACGGACCUUACGCUGCUAUUGCUAAAAGUUACAUGCAUUGUUCUGCCUCUCUACAUCAUAAUGAAAGCAGUGACCUCUUGCUACUACCACAGACUACACCAACAGGCUACUUUGCCCAUCUCUUCAUCCCGUGAAGAAGCUGGCCUGGUGACUCUGCAGCAGGAGCCUCCCGUAAUUGCUACCCGAUGAAUAUUUUUGUUGUUGAAUAACAAAAAAGGGUUUAUUUAUUCUUCAAGAUAGCUGAUAUACAUCUAAAUUGCUGCCGAUCUUCACUUUACCCUUUUGUUAUUACUCUCUCUCUCUCUCUCUCUCUCUCUCUCUCUCUCUUCCUGCAAUGAGUAUGCUGCAGAUGGAGUUGCUGCUUCAAAUCGUGAAGGAUGAUCAAUCGACAAGAAGUUAUAUAUUGAAGAGAUCAGUGAAGAAAACUAAAAAUAGAAGCGUAGAGGUAUAAAGAAACGACUCAAAAGAGAUGAAAAGAAGACAAGAUAUCCAAUUUUACAACUAGAGAUAUCUCAAAGAUCUAUGUACAGUUAAUAUAUAUAUAUAUGUGAACACUUUGAAGGAAUACAAAAAAUUAGAAAAAAAGUUGUUGAUUUUAGUACUGA